CUCUUCACUGUUCAAUUACUGCCCUGGCUCCCGAGCUGCCCAUCUCCCCAACAGUAGCACCUGUCGUUCUGCCUCUCACGCCAACCCUUCAGUGAAACCCUCCAUUCUUUGGACGCUGAGCUUCCUGAUGUUUUGUAAGCCAGGCGGGCUCUCCGGUGGCUCUGCAUACCCAGGAUUAUAUGAGACUUUCUGGUGCAGGGAUGGGUCAGGACCAAACCAAGCAGCAGAUCCAAAAGGGCCUUCGGAUGUAUCAGUCGAACCAGACAGAGAAGGCUUUGGAGAUCUGGGCUAAAGUGUUGGAGAAGACCACAGAUUCGGCUGGGCGGUUCCGGGUUCUUGGCUGCCUGAUAACGGCCCACUCUGAGAUGGGAAGGUACAAGGAUAUGUUAAAGUUUGCAGUGAUCCAGAUCGACACGGCUCGGGAGCUGGAGGACCCCGACUUUCUGACAGAGAGCUACCUGAACCUCGCCCGUAGCAACGAGAAGCUCUGCGAGUUCCAGAAGACCAUUUCCUACUGCAAGACCUGCCUCAAUAUGCAGGGCACCUCAGUCAGCCUCCAGCUCAACGGGCAGGUGUGUCUGAGCCUGGGCAAUGCCUACCUGGGCCUCAGCGUCUUCCAGAAAGCCCUGGAAUGCUUCGAGAAGGCCUUGCGCUAUGCCCACAACAACGACGACAAGAUGCUGGAGUGCAGGGUGUGCUGCAGCUUGGGGGGUCUCUACACACAGCUUAAGGAUUUGGAGAAAGCGCUGUUUUUCCCCUGCAAGGCGGCAGAGCUGGUGAAUGAUUACGGGAAGGGCUGGAGCCUGAAGUACAGAGCGAUGAGUCAGUACCACAUGGCGGUGGCAUACCGCAAGCUGGGCCGCUUGGCCGACGCAAUGGAGUGUUGUGAGGAGUCAAUGAAGAUCGCCCUUCAACAUGGAGACCGCCCGCUUCAAGCCCUCUGUCUGCUAAACUUUGCUGAUAUCCACAGAAGUCACGGUGAUGUUGAGAAAGCGUUUCCUCGUUACGACUCCUCGAUGAGUAUAAUGACUGAGAUUGGUAACCGCCUGGGUCAGACCCAUGUGCUGAUGGGAGUGUCGAAAUGUUGGCUCCAUCAGAAGGAAAUGGACAAGGCUCUGGAUUCUCUCCAAAAAGCCCAAGAGAUGGCGGAAGAUAUUGGAAAUAAGCUCUGCCUGCUGAAGGUUCACUGCCUGAGUGAGAUUAUAUUCCGAUCGAAGCAGCAGCAGCGGGAGCUCCGUGCCCACGUGGUGCGAUUCCAUGAAUGUGUGGAGGAGAUGGAGUUGUACUGUGGGAUGUGUGGGGAGUCCAUUGGGGAGAAGAACUGCCAACUGCAAGCGCUUCCAUGCUCCCAUGUCUUCCAUCUGCGGUGUCUUCAGACCAACGGAACUCGAGGCUGCCCAAAUUGCCGCCGUUCCUCUGUGAAACCGGGCUUUGUGUGAGGCCAAUGGAUGCUGGAGAUAUUUUUAUAUUGAAGCAAAUUCCAGGACCAGUUGAUGACCUGCGUAUCUGGCUAGUGAUUCCAGAGCCAGCUUCAUUCUAGAGGCAUCAGAUUGGUCCAAUGACUCUUGGUGGGACAGUCAGCAGCUCUACUCGUGGCCAUACCCACGCUUGGGAUAACCACACCAAGAGCCCAGAAUGCUCAGCAAGCUCGUGUUGACAGGACUGGGGUUCCAUAAGUUAUUUUUCUAAUUAUAUUUUAUAUCAUGGUGCAGGCCAACGAUAAAGGCAAUCGGCGAGGAGGAGGACUAUUUCUCGUACAGAACCUUGCUGUCGUAGCUCAUAUAUAGAGUAGAUAUCAUUUACCUGUUUAGUGUUUCAUUAUUCCAUAUAUCCAUCAUUCGGAGAGUCAACCCGGCUGAGAACCUUCUCCGUGCUUGGACUUUACCAUGAACCUACCUCCCUCCUGGACCUUAUUUAUAAUCCCCAUUUAUCGGAGUGUCUGUGUGUUCUAACCCUUAAUAUUCUUCAUUUUUUUGUGUCUGUUGAGUUAAAGGAACCUAACUCUUUUCCAAAAUGUUACAUUUACUGUAUGUGUAGCGCUUUCUGGUGGUCUCUGCAUGGGGGAGGGGUGCAUUGGGUAUUGUUGGCACCAGGAAGAGGUCUUACGGUGAAUUUCACCAACCUGUCACUACAAAGGUCAGUGUAUUACUUUCCUUUUUUUCUCCCGAGCUUGUUGGCUCAGCUUUCAGUUUCUGAACCUUGCCUAAGCAGCCAUUGUCUCUCAGAUUCCUUAUCACUGCCUAUGGACCUUCUGUUGUGUUAGAAGAAGAUCAGACUUUAUUACUGGGUGGUGGGCACAUGCCCUAGCAUGCUUGGCCACACCCCUAAACUGCAAUGGCACUCCCCCAAUCAUGCCAAACCCCCCACAUAAUCCUACCAAGCCCUGCCUACUCACUGCACGCCCCACCCUAUUCAUGACGCACAAAGAAGGCUUUUUAAUAUUGUGGCGCCCCACUGCCAUUGGGCCCCUGGCUACAGUACUCCCUGUACCUCCCUUUAGGGCUAAUUGCUAGGUUAUUACAUACCUGUAUAUUAUUCAUUGAUGGUGAUUAGUUGCUCAUGAUUCAUUUACAAUCAGCCUAUCAGGGUAAGCUUGCUGGCAUGUCUUGUACUGCUCUCAGCAGCGCCCCCUGGUGAAACUACCACAGUGCCGCAGUGAGUGCUGAAUCCAAAGACUUAGGUUCCAAGUUACUGGCAGCCCGUAAGGACCACCGAAGGCUAUGUACAAACACAACCCACCUCAUUUUCUGCUUUAUAAUAAGGUGUCUCUGUCUGUUUACCCUAUGCAGCAUUUUCUUUCUUUUGCUGGUUGCUCGGAGUAUCAUUUUUUUUUUAAAAAUGGCAUUUUAGUACUCAUGUCUGAAUCCUUCUAAAUAAACUAAAAUUAAACACA